GUAUGAUAACCUUUCAAAAUUUUAAUAGAUAAAUGGAGCUAUUAUAAUUUAUAAAGGGUUAUUUCUCAAUUUUUAUAAUUACAGGGCUUCCGGGUCCGGAUCCAAGUAAAUGACAUUUUGGGUGUUCCUUCAUUUCCUUCAUAGUGGGAACUCGAUUCAUUUUCAUCGAAAUAGAAAAAAAAUAUUUGCUACACAAAUUAUAGAAUCCUUUCGACAAUCCUCCGUGUCUCAGCCAAAAGCUACCGCCAUGGGAAUCGUUGGAAAUCUCUCUCCACAGCAGCGCCAAUCUUUCGACUCUCAUGGUCAGCUCCACCGCGGCUUUCAGCAAAGUUUUCUUGUGAUUGAAUCAUUUGCGAGCCCUGCAGAAAUUGAAGCUAUGAGGAAGAGAAUGGACGGAAUGCUUCAGGCCUUUGACCCUACCACCACCGCUUCUAUUUUCUCCACCAAAAAUCAGGUAAAAUUGACCAGUGAAUACUUCUAUGAAAGUGCUGAAAACAUUUCCUUUUUCUUUGAAGAAAAAGCAUUUGAUGAUAAUGGAAAUUUAAAGCAACCGAAGGAACUUUCUAUUAAUAAAGUCGGGCAUGCGUUACAUGAGAUUGAUCCAGUUUUCAAAGAAUUCUCUUGCUCUGAGAAGGUUUCGAGUUUGCUUUUCUCCUUAGGUUAUAAGAAGCCCGUGAUCAUUCAAUCAAUGUAUAUCUUUAAGCAACCAGGUAUAGGAGGUGAGGUAACUCCUCACCAGGACAACUCGUUUCUUUAUACUGAACCUAAAACUUGCACCGGUCUGUGGCUAGCUCUAGAAGAUGCAACAGUUGUAAACGGCUGCCUUUGGGCCAUUCCUGAAUCUCAAAAAAAUGGUCUUGUUAGAAGGUUCAUUAGGGGUGAUGAUGGAGUUUACUUUGAUAGGCCGUCCCUAUCAUAUGACCAGAAAGAUUUUGUGCCUAUUGAAGUAAAAGCUGGGUCUUUGGUUGUAAUUCAUGGUGACCUUAUUCAUCAAAGUUUUGAAAAUCAAUCUUCAAAUUCACGGCAUGCAUACAGCUUGCAUGCGGUAGAUACUGAUGGCUGCAAGUGGGCAGAAGAUAAUUGGAUCCGAAGAAAAGUUGAACCUGAGCCCCUUUACUCUUCUGGACAGACUUGAGAGUUUGUCAGGUAGUUGCAUGGAGCUUUCAUGUACGUGUCUAAGAAAAAUUAUUCCCUCUUGUUGAAAGUAAGAUUACAGGAUGAUGAUCAUCGUUUAUGUUAACUCAGAUGCAAGUGUGGGAUAGUUAUAUGUGACCCAGAUGGGUGUUUUCAUUUCUUUCUAAGUUUCUAUGUAUUUUGAAGAUUUGUAAUGCCAUUCCCAUGCCAUAAUAGGAGUCUAAUAAAGAUGUUCGACACGAACACUUGAAAGUCAGAGCAACUUGGUUCACCAUGUACUAAUAACCAAAAUGGCUGGUCAUUUUAAUGGUCCUUCGCUUAUAACACAUUGUUUAUUGACCCCUCAACAAAGUGUUAAUUGCAUGGUGUAGGGGUCUAAUUAUCAUUUAUUGGAGCUUAGAAGAUGUUAGAUUAUUGGUUGACAUUUGACUCAACAUUUAUUGGAUAAAGGAUAUAAAAAUGAUAUGCAAAAUCUGUCCUUCCGGUCCAUUGGCAUUCCUAUUAAUGGUUAUUGGAUUAAGUCCCUUUACUCUUCUGGACAGACUUGAGAGUUUGUCAGGUAGUUGCAUGGAGCUUUCAUGUACGUGUCUAAGAAAAAUUAUUCCCUCUUGUUGAAAGUAAGAUUACAGGAUGAUGAUCAUCGUUUAUGUUAACUCAGAUGCAAGUGUGGGAUAGUUAUAUGUGACCCAGAUGGGUGUUUUCAUUUCUUUCUAAGUUUCUAUGUAUUUUGAAGAUUUGUAAUGCCAUUCCCAUGCCAUAAUAGGAGUCUAAUAAAGAUGUUCGACACGAACACUUGAAAGUCA